AUUCCACAGUUUUAAUUCUUAGCGUAUUUUUCUUGAUUUAUGUCAUCAGAAACCAAUUCUCCAAUAAUCUUCCUGCAUGUGAUGGAAGUACUACUUCAGAAAUCAAAAAGAUCUUCAUUGAAAUAACCAAUGAGCUCUCUGUGUAUGAUACUAAAAUUGCCAAUGAAAUUGCCUCACGUGUAUCUGAAAUUAA